AUGUGCUGCAACUACUACGGCAACUCCUGUGGCUCUGGCUGCAGCUCUGGCUGUGGCUAUAGCAGUGGCUAUGGCUGUGGCUGUGGUUCUGGCUGUGGCUAUGGCUCAGGCUGUGGCUCUGUCUAUGGCUAUGGCUAUGGCUCCCGCUGUGGCUGUGGCUAUGGCUCAGGCUGUGGCUCUGUCUAUGGCUCUGUCUAUGGCUGUGGCUAUGGCUCCCGCUCUGGCUGUGGCUAUGGCACCCGUUAUGGCUGUGGCUAUGGCUGUGGCUCUGGCUGUGGCUAUGGCACCCGUUAUGGCUGUGGCUAUGGCUGUGGCUCUGGCUGUGGCUAUGGCUCCCGUUACGGCUGUGGCUCUGGCUGUGGUUCUGGCUGUGGCUAUGGCUCCGGUUAUGGCUGUGGCUCUGGCUGUGGCUAUGGCUCCGGUUAUGGCUGUGGCUCUGGCCGUGGCUAUGGCUCCUCUUGUGGCUACCGGCCAUUUUGCUACAGAAGCUGUUAUUCUUCUUGCUGCUAA